AUGAGAAACGGCGAGGCUUGGCCUCUUCCCCCCACACCCCCGGUACAGCUCAGCAGCGGCCGUGGUGCUGCCCUCGCUCCCUCUCCUGCUGAAGGGGCCCCAUUCACCGUCCCUAGCGGUGCUCAUGGAAAGACUGGAGGUGGCGCUCAGUGCCACGCUCUAGUUCACACGGUCGGUCACGGUGGACUCGAUCUCAGAGUUUUGGUUUUUUGCAGGAUCUGUGUCAUCACCUUGGCAGAAGCCCACCCUCUUCUUCAAAGUGGGAAAACAAUUAAAAACAUUAAUUACCAAAUCAGUGCAAACUGUAGCAGACUUCAGAAUAAGGUCUCUGGGAAGUCAAAAAGGGGAGCUCAGUUUUUAACAGAACUUGCCCCUCUGUGCAGGAUAUCUUCAUCAGAUGGAGAGGAAUACACCAUUUACAGCUGCAUACGAGGGCGGCUGAUUGAAGUGAAUGAGAACAUCCUUAGUAAUCCAGCUCUUCUGCAAGAAAAGCCAUCAACUGAGGGGUACAUUGCAGUGGUUCUACCCAAAUUUGAAGAAAGCAAGAGUAUAACUCAGGGACUUCUGACGCAGAAGGAGUACGAGGAAGUUUUGUUGAAACGCCGCAGUUCUGCUUCAUGAAAUCAAUUCUACUCUUCCUGUCUGUGUUUGAUACUAAAUAAGUGACUUUUGUUGUACACUGUGAGUUUUAUAGUGUUGAAAAGGCCCAGUGCCAGUUUUUAAAAGUGGAACUAAACUCCUUGAUUCAUAAAAGAAUAAACCAAUUCAAAUAGUUUGUAUAUUAAAA